CCCCUCUCCUCUUACUUCCUUCUCUGUCGGAGUUGCGUGCGGCCGUUGGAUUGUAAACAUGGCCACCGCUGCUGCAGCUGGAGACGACCUGAAGAGAGAGCUCUCGUGUGCGAUUUGUUUGGACUUCUUCAAAGACCCCGUUAUACUCAAAUGCGGCCAUAAUUUCUGUCGGUUCUGCAUCUGCAUGCACUGGGACGAAAAUGGCGGAGACUACGGCUACCAGUGCCCUCAAUGCCGGACGGUGUUCAACAAGAGGAGCUUCACUAAAAACUACCUGGUGCAGAACCUGGUGGCCAAACUGGACGACCUGGAGUGUCUGGGCUCUUGUCCUGCGCCCUCCAAGCCCGUUAAAGUAGAUGAGAAGUGUGACCAGCACGGGGAGGAGCUCAAGCUGUACUGCCAGACCGACAAAAGGCCCAUCUGUGUGGUGUGCAGGGAAUCCAGAGCACACAGACACCAUGAGGUAGCGCCUGUGCCAGAAGUUGUGAGUGACAUGAAGAUGGAGUUGAAGCUGAGGCUGAUGGAGCUGAACUGGCAGAAGUCUCAGUGUGUAAAAGUUAAAUUGGCUGAUGAGCGUACCAGAAAUGAAGCGAGGAUUAAGAAGAAGAGACUCAAGGAAAGAAUUGAGGCUGAUGUUGGUGCCCUGGUCCAGUUUCUGCUCAACGAGAAGGACUCCGUGCUCGAGAGCCUGGAGGCCGAGGAAGUGGCCACCACGGCCGUCAUCGAGGAGAACUUGAAGAUCGUGGAUAGGGAGGCAGCAGCCGUGGAUAAAGAUAUAGCCGACGUCCACAGCCACAUAAGUGGGAAAACGAGCUUUGAGAGCCUUGUGGAGACUUACAACAAUGUAAUCCAUUGCAGGCCUUUUCUGGCUGUCGACACGGCUAAUUGUCCGACCGAAUACACAGACUUUUCUGGGCCCAUUCAGCUUAUUAUGUGGAAGAAGAUGAUGCACGUGUUGCACACCAUGCCCCAGAACCUGACUUUAGACCCCGACACGGCCCACCCGUACCUGAUCAUCUCCGACUUCGACACCAUAGUGGAGGAGGGUCACGUUCGCACCCAGGAACCGGACCUGCCAGCCCGCUUCAACCGCUUCUGUUGCGUCCUGGCCACAGCCCAGUACGCCAGCGGCCAGCACUACUGGGAGGUGGACGUGAAGGACAAAGGUGUUUGGUACCUGGGAGUCACCACCGAGAGCAGCAACAGGAAGGGCUUCAUCAGCCUCACCCCCUCCGCGGGAUACUGGAGCCUGUCUCUGCAGGACCGGCUCUAUGCCAACGGGGAGGACGGCCGCAUCCCCGUGGCCGACUACUGGAACUCCCCCCGGGUCGGCGUGUACCUGGACUACGACAACGGGCGCCUAAGCUUCUACGACGCCGUCACGAUGAAGAGAUUGUUCAUGUUUGACACCUGCUUUGAGGAGCCCGUCUGUCCGUUCUUUAGCCCGGGGAAGAAUGAUCCGGGCAGCCGGCUGCAGAUCUGCCACUACUACUAAGAGGCCCGCGAUACUGGCGCAUGCUGGUGUUCCACAGAUGUGCUGUGGUUUUUGUCUCCCCAACGAGGUCUGAGCAAUGAGGUGACCCGUUGAGGUCCUGUGUUGUGCAUUGAGCUGUUACCUGUUGGUCUCUCUGCUGCUUAGAAAAUGAGGUUUAAACCGUAUAUAUUCGAAAGCUUCAGUGUUAUCAAGGUUAAACACGACGCGCACCGUAGGCCUAGAACCGGACCGCGGUGGUUUGUUGUCAGUUUGUUUGUUGCCAACGCUUUUGAUGUUUAGAGCAACUAUUGUCAUGUUAGCACCCCGUGCCAUCAUAUUGGCUUUUUUUUUUUCCUCAGGAAGUUGGUGCUAUUGCCUUGUUGGGUUGAACUUGAAGGAAAUAAUCGCCAUCACAUGGAUAGUUCUUGACUUAAGAUUCCCUCAGUCGUUUCAGCUGAAAGGCGACAGCUCGUUCUGGGAUUUAAAGCUCCCUGACGACUGAAUGGCUCUAGGUUUUUGUGAAUUUUAACGUCCAAACCGACCAUUUUAUUUUGUACGUUGAUCAGGCUGGACUUUCAAAUUCCUCUUUAUUAUUAUAAUUGGUAUUUAAAAAGUCUGCGUCAAACUUUUUUUUUUAAUUGAAAUUGUACAUUAACAUUUAAAGCCAUAUCCUAAAAUAUGGAAAUGUUUUUUACUAAAAAAAAAAAAAAGCAUUCCAUAAAGAGACUAGACCAAGAUGUAAACCUAUAAAAUAUGAAUGUUUAUGGUCACCUUUUUGCUUCUUAAAAUGUACCUGCUGCAUUUCCUUUUUUUUAUGUUUCUUUAAAUAGUCCAUCUUUAUACUAUUGAUGCUAUAGUUGGUCCUGGCGCUGCGUGACGGCCUCUCGUACAACUUGGUCCCGUGAUUUCUAUUUUUCCAUUAACGUCGAAUGUUACAUUCAUUUUAUUUCGUUUGAGCGGUUGUGGACCUACAUGAGAUGUUACAUCAAGUUCUAUGGGGAGCAAAGCAGAAACGAUGGCGACCAUUGGGAACGGCUCUUCUCAACAUGCGCCUUCAUGUGUUUUGCGCCUCAGGCGUCAGUUGACGUGGUUGGAUUCCUGUAGAGUAUUUACUGAUUUGUUUUUAGAUGGUAUACCAGUUUUUUUUAUCUUUUAAACAUGUAAAUACUUUUUUUUUUUGUUUUGCAGUGUUUAAGUUGUCAUUAAGUUUGCCAUAAAAAAAAACAUUUCUGGGUUUGUGGCUUUCACUGUGUAUAUAGUUCCUUACUGUUUUUCAGAUGAAAUGAGGAUAUUAAAAGAAAUGUUUAAACGUG